ACUGUCCUGUUAGACAUAUAUCAGUUAAAUAAAUGUAAAAAAUAGUAAUAAUAAUAUUAAAUAAGAGAAGCUUGUGCAUUAUUAUUAUUGUUAAUAUUAUUGCAAAGGCGUCAAAUAAGACAUGCGGAUUAGCUUGCGUGCUAGGCGGUGUUAUUAGCUUGUUAGCUACAUGGCUAGCAGGCUAGUAAAGCAGUAUGAAGUGAGUGAGAGAAGCUAAUGCUAACUCAGUCAAGGUAAACUCACUGGUCUCUGGAUGUAAACACAGACAAGCUUGGUGUUUGUGAAACUGUGAGGAUUUUCAGGAGGAGAAAUGUAUUCAUCACAGAGGAAGGACUUUGUAUCUCUGACAUUGGGAGAACGCAGCUACAAUAACAGAAAGCACCGGAGGCAGUCCUGCUGGAGGAAAUGGAAGCAGUUUUCGCGACUGCAGCGCAGUCUGAUACUGUCUCUCUUCUCCAUUCUGUUCAUCGGAGGGAUCUUCACUUACCCCAGCCUUUCUGAGCAAUGGACAGAUCUGUUUGAUGGAUCACUACGGGAUGCAAGGGAAGACCUACAGAAGCAGGGUUUCCACCCUAUUCCCCCGGGUCAGAUCUUAAAACCCGUACCCGAGGUCAUCCUGAAGGAGCCUCCUGAGCCGCAGAGACCGGACGCUUUCGUCCUUCCCAAACCUGUAGCUCUGAAGAAACCUCCAAGUAAACGUGGUCCUCCAGGCAUGCCAAAGCAAGGAAAUGUGUCAGACUGGCAGGUGAAGGACAUACGUGAAGCAGCUGUCCGAGGAGAAGAAGAGCAGGACGAAGAAACACAGACGGUCAUUAGCUGGCGAGGGGCCAUGAUCGAAGCCGUGCAGGACGCUGAGCCGCAGGAGGCAGCAGGAGCCGCAGAAGUCGAGGAAGUCGUCCCUUUACAAAUAGUCCCAGUGAACCCAGUGGACAGGGGGGAGGCUGUCAGAGAAGCCUUCAGGCAUGCAUGGAAAGGCUACAAAGCAUUUGCAUGGGGUCAUGAUGAGCUGAAGCCUGUCUCGAAGACACACAGGGAGUGGUUCGGUUUGGGUCUCACCCUCAUAGAUGCACUCGACACCAUGUGGAUUCUCGGCUUGAAAGAAGAGUUUGAGGAAGCUAGAAGAUGGGUAGAGACAGAGUUAUCGUUCUCCAAGAAUGUUGAUGUCAAUCUGUUUGAGAGCACCAUCCGCAUUCUCGGAGGCCUCCUGAGCACUUAUCACCUUACUGGAGACACUCUGUUCCUGAACAAGGCUAAAGAUAUUGGUUCUAGAUUAAUGCCAGCUUUCAAGACACCGUCCAAGAUCCCUUAUUCAGACGUGAAUAUCGGUAAAGGCACCGCUCACCCCCCACGCUGGACCAGCGACAGCACCGUGGCCGAGGUCACCAGCAUCCAGCUGGAGUUUCGUGAGCUCAGCAGGCUCACUCAGGAUCCACAGUAUCAGAACGCAGUGGAUGAGGUGAUGAAGCUGGUCCACAAGCUGGAUGGGAAGCGUGAUGGUCUGGUGCCAAUGUUUAUCAACACCAACAGUGGCAAGUUCACCCACCGAGGAGUGUUUACUCUGGGAGCCCGUGCAGACAGCUACUACGAAUACCUGCUCAAACAGUGGCUACAGGGAGGGAAAAAGGACAACACGUUAUUGGAGGACUACCUUCAGGCAGUUGAAGGGGUGAAGAAAAACCUACUUAAACAGACAGCCAGUAAGCACACCUUCGUAGGAGAGUUAUCUCACGGACGUCUCAACCCCAAAAUGGAUCAUUUGGUGUGUUUUCUCCCGGGCACGCUGGCUCUGGGAGCACAUAACGGCCUGCCAGCCGACCACAUGGAUCUGGCUGUGCAGCUGAUGGAGACAUGCUAUCAGAUGUAUGUGCAGAUGGAGACCGGCCUGAGCCCUGAGAUCGCCCACUUCAACCUGUACAGCCUCGGCGGCCAUGACGUAGAAGUCAAACCAGCUGACAGACACAACCUCCUGAGACCUGAGACGGUGGAGAGUCUGUUCUACCUGUACAGAUUUACCCAGGACAAAAAAUACAGAGACUGGGGCUGGCAAAUCCUAGAGAGCUUUAAUAAGUACACCAGGGUCCCAAGCGGAGGCUACACGUCUAUAGGGAACGUACGAGACCCGGUCAAUCCCAGCCUCAAGGACAAGAUGGAGAGCUUCUUCCUCGGAGAGACGCUGAAGUACCUGUUCUUGCUGUUCUCUGACGAUCCUGAGCUGAUCAGUUUGGAUAAGUAUGUAUUCAACACUGAGGCUCAUCCUCUUCCUAUUUGGCCUUUGGUAUCAUGACCUGCACCGGAGCUGUAGAGGCUUCCCUAUGCUCUGAGAAGAGCAUCUUCUUCAUCUGGAUCAAAGAGCAAGUGGAGCUUCAGAAUAGAACUCGUUAACGGUCUUGCGUCUGCCUUACGUCGCCCGAUCUGUGGCGGCGACACGAACACGGAUCGAUCCGAAAGGAAGAACUGGUUCAUUCCGAUAGAUUUAAGGCUGUUAAAUCGUUUAUCUCCCCCCACACAUGCGCUAUUAGAGAUAAAAACGUGGUAUAGUUAGGCUAUUGCUGCUUGUUACCCCCAUUUUGGAUUACAUGCAUGAGAUAGCUCAGAUUCCAUGCUGUAAAAAUGUAAGGCGUUUUUUUCAUGCAAAACAAAGUUUGCGUUUUUCUAUCUUCUAUCGCACGUGAGGUUUUAGCAUUCCGUCUUGUCGACGUGACGAGCUCUUACGCAGGGGACCUACUAACGCAUUUCUGCGCAUUACAUUUAUGAGAUACAGGAUGCAUUUAGGACCACGUUGAACAGUCAACCGUUUGUUUUUAAGAGUUCUAUUUUAUUUGAUGGCUCUAAGGCCUGGGAGAUUUUAUUUGUUUCUGUUCACUUCAUCUGACAGCUUUAGCACUUUAGUAAAAGCCCAUGACUUGAUUUACUAUCGUUCCCUCCGGGAGCUUCUCGAAGCUGAAGCGCUGUUUUCUUCUUCGCCAACCGUGAGACAAAAGCACAGCUAGACUUUUGAUUCGUGGCAAAAAAAAAUGAUUUAAAGGUGUUGUUUGUAAUUUUUGGAUGCUUCAGAUGCCUGUGAGGUGAAUUGCAAUGAAAAUACUGACAAGCUACCUAAAGCUAGACUUAAAUUUCUGUGUAUUCGUAUCUCGGCACAUCACACACAGGAGUCUGCUAGAAUACUCCACUCUUUAACACAUUAUUUAUGUUUAUUGUAUAUUGGUGGUAUAACCGUGAACAGUCAGGCUUGGAGAAUAAUAUACAGAAGUUGUCGCUGGAUAGAAUAAAAGACUAAAGCAAUGCUGCAUCUCUCUAAAAAAAAUAUUUCGAUCGUUCAUGGAUUUUUCCUUCAGCGGAUGUAAAGAAGGUGGGUUCGAGGUGUAUACACUGUACACUGUACAUAAGGACUAUUUUUUGGCAGCAUUACCUUUAUCCUGAACUUCUGUAUGGUCUCGUAUCCAUAUCAAAAGUGUGCACGUGCUGCAGGUUUUUUUUUUUACUAAAACGUACAAUACGAAAUAAAAGUGUGUCAGCACAGAGAAAGCAUGACGGCUAAUUUAAAAAAAAAAGAAUAAUAAUAAUAAUUAUGCAGCAUGGAUGGUCCUGUAGUUAUUUAUCAGCUCGGACCUUGCGAAUUUGAAUUACUUACAUGAACUCGUCUGAUUCACGAAACGGAUCACUGCCAGGAUUAAUAUUAAUAUAUAUUUUUUUUUAUCAGUGUUAGUUUCUAUGUACUUUUAUUUGUAAUUAUACUGCGAGUGUGUACAAAGAGACAGCCACUAGAGCGGAGUAGUACACAUCACCUCCUGUUUAGCUAUGAUGCCUUUCUAUGAGUCUUGGGUUAAGUUUUAGGGUCCGUACAGAAAUACAAAUCGACUAUAAGUGGUCGAGUUGAGCAGCUGUGGGUCGAGACUGAGGCCGGAGCCGAUUUCAGGGACAGACGAUUUCUCACAGAAGCCAGAAUCGAAGACGUUAGUUCGUUCUAUUAUGACGCAGUAUUUUUUUUUUUUCUAAAGAAAUGGUUCUCAAAGCAGGGUCCAGGAAGGUUAUUUAUUUAUUUAUUUAUUUUUAUUAGGUCUAUUACUUAAUUACUUGUUUAGCUGGUCACAUGAAAUUGAAAUUUGAUCCAAAACUCAAUAACGAGUUAAUAUUUAAAACAUAAAGUUCUCUGACCAUCGUAAUAGACUGGCAUCCUGUUCAGCAUGUACCCUACCUUGUGCCCCGAGUCACCUAAUGAUUGGCACUGAGGUAGGAUCACAGUUGUUCCUCUUGAAUGGAUGGAAGGAAGCUCCAUGUUUCAAGAAAAUGGAGAAAUGGAGGGGUCCUGUGAAUUUAUUUGUUUAUUUUAUUUAUUUGUUUAUUUAUUUAUUUAUUUAUUUUACAUUUUAACCAACAAACCUGUUAACCUGCAUUUUGGAUUUAAAAAAACUUUAAAAAAUCUGUGUUUUUUACUUUUUACAGCAAAGGAUUCCUCGGUACCGAUUUAUUUUAUGUACAUCAUUCAAGCAUGAUAACAAACACGAGAAUCUUUAAUUAUGUAUCAGUAAUUCGUUAUUAAGCAACCGCUAAUUCGUCAUUAUAUUAUAAUAGGUUUAUUGGAUCCGUAGAGCUUUUUUAGUCCAGAACUUUCCGUGUACAGAGCACAUUUUGUCACUAGAUUUAUGGUCAUUAUGUAAAAAUCUCAUUAUUGAGUUAUUGAUUCUUGGAUUAAAUCCAUUCACAGUUCUAGUGACCAGACUAAUAAAUUAUAAAGGGAAAAAAAUCUUUGUGAACUUCUGCCUUAAACCACUCAACUAAUGAGUGCUCUACUCACCCGUUACUGCUGUCUAGACGAUUUAUUCAUCGUCAACUAUCUCGCUACAUCCCAGUGGUUGGGUCCUGAACGAUGUUUAUAAUAAGUGUUUGUUUUGAUCGUGUUUACCUUGCUGUAAUCUUCACACAUGCAGCAAGAUUUGGCGAAAAUAUUGAGGCAAAUAAAGAUUUGAGAUCCAGGCGUUUAACCUGCAGUCAUGUUCAUUUCAGUGUUUGAGAGCUUAUUCUGACUCGUGUCACGCUUUGCUUUUUAUACCCUGUCAUUUUUGGAGGCUUAUCUGUGAUAGGUUACCACAUGCUCUAAACCUCCUGAAGCGCUCAGCUUAUACGUAGAUAAGCUUUUUAGCAAAAUAGCAAAUUUCCUCUCGUUGUAAUUUAUUGCAGGAAUGACAGACAGCUUCUUUUUGCCUGCUCAUUCAGAGCGUGCUGGAAACCUCAGGAUUGUUUUGCCGAUCCUGAAACGAGUGCGAUAAAAAACGCAGGGUCUGCUAGACUCUUCGUCCUCGACGGCAGACGGGUCGCGGUGAUACCAGUUUGUUUUACUAGCAUGCAUCACUUAAAGCAGGAGCUGUGAAGGAUGUCGCCUCAGAACCGAGAUGCUUUUAGUAACGACGCGUGUAUUCUCUUGUGAGAUCUGAAAAAUGCGUCUGUCAUUAUUGAUUCCCUUAUUAUCAGUCUUUUACAUUGUCGGACAUAAUCGCAACCGGUGAAGGACAGCAAUGAAAAAGGAUUGCAUUCAUGAUAACACACACACACACACACACACACACCGGCCACUUCUUAUUCAUGCAGUUCUUUGUUCAUCAAAUCAUGUUUCCAAACAAAUUGGUGGAAAAAAAAGACCAAGUCAGGUUUUUCAAAUGUUCCUUAUCUUCAACUGUCCAGUUUUUGAUGUUUUUGUGCCCACAAAGAUUCUUAUUCUUGGCUGGCAGGAGUGGAUGGUCAUUGAUGGGGCAUUUGGAGAUGCUUUUCUGCUCACCACGGUUGUAAAGAAUGUUUAUUUUUAUUAUUAUUUAUUUAUUUUACGGAUUUACUGUAGACCUCCUGCUGGCUCAAAUUAAUCUAACCGUUUUCUGCCAUCCUGCGUAUUCAGCAAAGCUUUUCCAUCUACAGGAAAUGUAUUUUCUUUUAAAUGUAUGUAUGUAUGUACAGUAUGUAUGUAUGUAUGUACAGUAUGUAUGUAUAAGUUCCAGGGGUUUGGCAACCACACAAUUGGCUGAUUGGAUAAUUACAGAAAUGAGCAGGUGUGUAAGUGUUCCUAUUAAAAUGGCAGAUGUGACCUUAAGAGUCUUUUUACUUAUUAAUUAAUUUUUUUUUUUUUUUUUUUGCAGUAAUGCUUAUUAUAAUGUUUGCUUAAUGAAGCAACAAGUCCUUCCUUGCUGUUUUUGGCUGUUUUAUUUGUUUAUCAUCAGAUACGUUAUAAUCCGAUCAUCUGAACCUCUGUACUCCGUUCUGUAAAUAAAAUUUACAAUUCAA